AUGGUGAGAGGAAAGACAGAAAUGAAGCGUAUAGAGAACGCAACAAGUAGACAAGUAACAUUUUCAAAGAGAAGAAAUGGUUUGAUGAAGAAAGCUUUUGAGUUAUCAGUUUUGUGUGAUGCUGAAAUUGCUCUUAUUGUUUUCUCACCAAGAGGAAGACUUUAUGAAUUUGCAAGUUCAAGCAUUCUAGAAACAAUUGACCGAUACCGCAGUCAUAGCCGAAACAAUACUCCAACAACAUCUGAUUCUGUUGAAAAUACUCAGCAUUUGAAGGAAGAAGCAGAAAACAUGAUGAAAAAGAUUGAUCUUCUCGAGACUUCAAAACGGAAACUCUUAGGAGAAGAUUUAGGGACUUGUUCCAUUAAUGAACUACAAAAAAUAGAGCAACAGUUGGAGAAGAGUAUAACCAAAAUUCGCGCAAAAAAGACUCAAGUCUACAUGGAACAAAUAGAUCAGCUAAAAGAAAAGGAAAAAGCCCUAGUUGCUGAAAAUGCAAUGCUCUCGGAGAAGUUUUAUGAAUCUUUCAAUCAAAGUAGUCCAAGUUCAGAUGUUGAAACUGAAUUAUUCAUUGGACUUCCAGAAACAAGAACAAGGAGGAUUUCUCCAAUGUUGAGGACCAAUUAA